GUGACUGCCUCAGAUGCAUUACCAGCGCGAAUAAAGUCAUCCUUCACAGAUUAAAACAGGUAAUGACUUCAGAUCAUCUCACAUAUUUUGGAACGAAUAUGGAACUCCCCUCAUCUGCUACUUCGAUUGCGGAUGCUGUUGACACGGGCUCAAAACCCGAGGAAAUCCCGAAAGCCAGUGAGACUGACAAUAAUGGAACCAGUAAUGUUUGGCGAUCGUGGACUCCCGGCAGCGAGAGUGUCAAAGAACCUUUGAAAACAUUUCAUAGGAAGACUAAGACUGGAUGUAUAAGGUGUAGGACAAGGAGAGUGAAAUGCGAUGAAAGCCAACCAAGUUGCCUCAAAUGUGAACGGCAUGGAGUGGAAUGCAAGUACGAAUCUACUAGAUCCAGAAAGAUUACAGAGAGCCCCGAUACGGAGAACAUUACUGCUCAAGAACUACGCACUAGAUUUCCCGAGACCGCCGAAAGACGUCUACGAGAACUUACUCUGCUUCAUCACUACACAACCCACACGAGCCGAACAGUAACCCUUAACAAUCCAGCCAAUCGCGACCAAGCUGCUAUCGAUAUAUUUACACAAACUGUACCUGAGAUCGCUCUAACAAACGAAGCACUUCUAUAUUCAAUCUACUGUAUAUCAUCCCUCCACCUCAACGACAAAACACCCUCAUCCAACGCAGAAGCAUCCACUUUCACCCGCGAUACAUCGCUAGUAGACGCCUACACCUACCUCGACAUGACACUCCGACUCCACCGCCAAGACACCCACCACCUCACCCCCCAAAACGCCGACGCCAUCUGUCUAACCUCUAGCAAUCUCCGCGUCUGCGCCUUCGCCAUGCUCCAACAACGUUCUCUAUCCCCCUACACUCCGCCGUCGGAAUGGAUCAAAAUAACCCGCGGUGCAUCUAUGGCUUUCAAAGCCGCGUGCCAAUGCAUCUCAUCCCGACAUGUAGAUGCGAACGACGAGGCGCAGAAUAGAAGCGUGGCAUGGAUGUUUGUGAAACGCAUGCCGGUUUUGGCUGACCCUGUAGAAAUGCUCGAUGAGCAGAAUGCGGGGAUGUUUAUCCAUUUGUUGAGGAGAAGUCAUUCAGAUUGGGAAAAUGAGGAGUGGAGCGAGGAGAUUGAAAAGGCGUAUCGGUCUACGAUUUGUUUUUUGGGAUAUGUGUAUAAGCAUAUUGAAGCGAAAGCUAAUCCAGCAGUGAUUACGCGGUUGUUGAUUGGGUUUCCAUUUUUUAUUGAGCAGCGCUUUGUGGAGUUGGUUGACGAGGGGAAAGAUAGAGCGUUGGCUUUGUUAGGGAUUAUUUUUGCGCUGUUUGUGAGGGUCAAGAAUAUUUGGUGGAUUGGGUUGUGUGGAGAGAGAGAGACGAGGGGAAUACUCGGAAUUUUGGGGGAUGAAUGGAGAGACGUGAGGGAGGAGAUUGCGGAAUUGAUUAGAGAGGGUGAGAUGGAUAUAUAUGAGUUUAUAUGAAUUAAAUUAUCUGAGGAGCCGUGAUCGCAGUGACGUUCAAGGAGUAAAUGAAUAGGGUGAUGAAACUCUAGAUCAAGCUUAGCUAUAUUGUUGUAAGAAUUCAAAAUGUGAUACCUAAUUAAUAACUCGAGUGCAGUCUCAAUCUUGAACCUGUGUGGACGCAUCCGAAAGCGAAGAACCAUCUAUGAUCGAUGCUCGUUUAGAUCUUUCAUCAUCCCUAACACCGAAAAUAACAGUGGCGGAUGUUUUAGGACAUUCCAAGGUAAGAUUGCAAAGUGAACCGAGAGCGAUAGCAUUAAACUCUAUGUCAACUACUUUUCCCAAUCACAUUUUUGGUA